UCCCCCUUUAUUUCCUCACCGCUUACCCUCUUCUUGCAUCACUGUGCAGGCAUUGAGCUUUCAUGGCUUCUUCUUUCCUUCUUUUCCUUCUCAUUUUCCUUUCCGUUUCUUCUUUCAUCCUUUUAUCUGAAUCUCAAAAGACUUCGAAACCGAACAGGUUCGUUUUGCAGCUGCAAAAAGAUUCGAAAACUAAACUUUAUGUGACUAACAUAUACAAGAGAACUCCUUCACAGAAAGUCCCAUUUGUUGUGGACUUGAAUGGAAGGUUACUAUGGGUUACUUGUGAGAAAAGUUACCGUUCGUCCACCUACCAUGCCCCUAGGUGCCGCUCGACUCAAUGCUCUAGAGCUGACAGUCACUAUUGCCACAUAUGCUCCACCAGAGAUGGACCAGGGUGCCAUAACAACACAUGUGGGGUCAUGUCAAUGAACCCUGUGACAGGCCUUACCGCCAUGAGUGAGCUUGCACAAGAUGUGCUAUCAAUUCAAUCCACUCAAGGGUCUAACCCUGGUCCAAUGGUUAGGGUCCCUCAGUUCUUGUUCACUUGUGCACCUUCCCUUUUACUGCAAAGAGGGUUACCAAGUACUGUUCAAGGGGUGGCUGGAUUGGGGCAUUCCCCCAUUUCUCUACCAACUCAACUGGCCUCACACUUUGGGUCUGCUGGUUUUGCCCCAACGUUUGCCCUUUGUUUAGCCCCUAAAGGUGUCAUGUUCUUUGGGGACAGCCCUUAUUAUAUGCUGCCUAAUGUUGAUAUAACACGACCAUUAAGCUAUACUCCACUUAUCAUCAGUCCCCAAGGAGAGUACUACAUGGAAGUUAAAUCCAUCAAGAUAAACGACAAGGAUGUCCCGAUAGACACAGCACUGUUAUCGAUCAAUAAACAAAGCGUCGGAGGCACGAAGCUCAGCACAAUCAACCCUUACACCAUUCUACACCACUCAAUCUUCAAAGCUGUCACACAAUUUUUCUCCAAGGAGCUCUCUGCUAUUCCCCAAGUAAAACCAGUUGCGCCAUUCAGUGCCUGUUUCAACUCGAAAAGCUUCAAAAACAGCAGGGUUGGACCAGGGGUUCCUAACAUCGACCUUGUGCUCCAUGACAAGCAUGUUAUGUGGAGGAUUUAUGGAGCAAACUCCCUUGUUGAAGCUGCACCAGGAGUGUCUUGCUUAGCUUUUGUGGAUGGAGGAAUGAAGAACAAUGGAGCUUCGAUUAUUAUUGGGGCUUACCAAAUGGAGAAUAAUCUGGUACAGUUUGAUAUGGCAAGAUCAAGGCUUGGUUUCAGUUCUUCCCUGCUGUUCUACAAGACUUCUUGCAAUAAUUUCAACUUCACUGCUAUUCCAUAAAAACAAAAGUGCAAGCUUCCCAGUAAGGGUCACUUUUGCUUGGUUUAAGUUUCCACUACCCCAAUGUGAUAAACGGAAUAAUUAGAGCUAUACAUACACAUAUAUGUGUAUGUAUUGAUCUAUGUAUGUAAAUGUGUAUUGCAAUAAAGGCCAUCUCUAUGUGUUUUGGCCCUUUCACUUUUUUUUGGGAAUGUAAUCAAAAUGAUUAAUUCUGAAAAGGAAUUGCUCUCCGUA